ACUAUGAGUAGGGAGCGCGCGUAGUAUAUUAAAAAAAGUAAAAGCCUAAAAAUCAUCCGUUGUCUCGGGAAAAUAAGGAGUUUAGUUUCAAAAACUUUCGAAUAGAACUGCAGAGUGAAAUUUCCGUGUAUUUUCAUUAGUGUCGAUUUGUCGGUUGGCCACAAGCGGAUCGAGGCGGCAUUGACGGCUUUAUGCGUGUUCGGGAACCGUGAGAUGACCCAGUUACAGGCCCUCUUCCUCAAGAAGUGUAGGGAUCGUUCGCGUGUGGUUGUGUCUCCUCACAUCGGGUCACACAACCCACUUUUUCGUCUUUAAAAAGUAGUUUUAAAACCCCCCCAAAAAAAAUCAUAAAACUUUAAUAUAAAAAAACACCAAAAAAAAAGUAAAAUUUUCAUAAACAAAAAAAAAAGUUUUUUUUGUUCGGGAAAUCGGUCGUAUUUUUUCCGCGUGUGGUGAAACGUGGCCGUUAUUCAAUUCCCAUUUUUUGAAGGAGGAAGAUCUACGAUUUUCGGACAUUGUGAAGAGGAUUUUCGCAUUUUCUCGGCCGAAAGGAGUUGGCCAUUUUUUUUCUAAAGAGAAGUAUAAAACUUAUUUUUGUAUUCCGCUCUUUAUUAAAAAAACCCCGCUCGCUUGUCGGUGUUUUACAUCCAAAAGAAAACUCGCAUUCUAUCCUAGAAUAAAACUUUUAUUCUAACCAUCGCCCGUAGAUUUUUAUUUUUUCAAACGAAUAAUAUCAAUCGGACGAGAUGAAUCAAGGCCCGGGAGUUCCGAACUAUCCCAUGGCUUCCCUCUACGUCGGGGACCUCCACUCCGACGUGACUGAAGCCCAGCUUUUCGAAAAGUUUUCAACAGCAGGACCCGUCCUGUCUAUACGAGUCUGCAGAGAUAUGAUCACACGUCGUUCUCUUGGGUAUGCCUACGUGAAUUUUCAACAACCCGCUGAUGCUGAGAGGGCGCUCGAUACAAUGAACUUUGAUUUUCUUAAAGGACGUCCAAUCCGUAUUAUGUGGUCGCAGCGUGACCCCUCACUCCGUAAAUCUGGAGUAGGAAAUGUUUUUAUCAAGAAUCUUGAUAAGAGCAUUGACAACAAAGCAAUGUAUGAUACUUUCUCAGCAUUUGGCAAUAUUCUUAGUUGCAAAGUCGCACAGGAUGAAAAUGGUGAAUCAAAAGGUUACGGUUUUGUCCAUUUUGAAACUGAAGAAGCCGCGACAAAAUCCAUCGAUAAAGUCAACGGAAUGUUGCUCAGCGGAAAGAAAGUUUUCGUCGGUAAAUUUAUUUCAAGAAAAGAACGUGAGAAAGAAUUGGGAGAAAAGGCCAAACUCUUUACGAAUGUCUAUGUCAAAAAUUUUGGGGAAGAUUUUACAGAUGAUAUGCUCAAAGAAAUGUUUGAAAAAUAUGGACCUAUUACAAGUCACACCGUGGUGAUGAACAAAGAUCAAAAAUCAAGAGGAUUCGGUUUCGUUGCCUUUGAGGAUCCAGAAUCAGCUGAAAGAGCUGUCGAGGAACUUAAUGGCAAAGAAACUGCAGAAGGAAAAUCAUUAUAUGUUGGGAGAGCUCAGAAGAAAGCCGAACGACAACAGGAAUUGAAAAGAAGAUUUGAAGUACUUAAGAUGGAAAGGAUGAAUCGUUAUCAAGGUGUUAACCUCUAUGUUAAAAACUUGGACGACUCAAUUGAUGAUGAAAAACUCAGGACUGAGUUCGGUCCGUAUGGAAACAUAACAAGUGCAAAGGUAAUGUUGGAAGAAGGCAGGAGCAAAGGUUUUGGUUUUGUUUGCUUUUCUUCUCCAGGGGAAGCAACCAAGGCCGUAACUGAGAUGAAUGGACGUAUUGUGGGCACAAAACCAUUGUAUGUGGCACUUGCACAACGUAAAGAAGACAGGAAAGCACAUUUGCAUUCCCAAUAUGUCCAACGUCUUGCCAACAUGAGAAUGCAACAGAUCGGGCAAAUAUUCCAACCGGGGACAACAGGUGGCUACUUUGUACCAACUCUACCCCAGCCCCAGAGAUUUUACGGACCGGCUCAAAUGGCGCACGUAAGACCACAGACGAGAUGGGCUGCCCAACCGCCCGUCAGAGCAAACACACAAGCCGCGCCAGCAGGCUUUCCCAACAUGCAAGGCGGUCCUUUCAGAAACCCGCCGAGAGCACCAACAGCUGGACAAGCUGUCGCUACGAUGAGAUCCACUGCUAUGAAUGCAGCUGCUGCAGCCGCCGCCGCAGGAAGUGGGGCUAGAGGCAAUGCCGUUGCAGCUGCUGCAGGAGGAGUAGGCCGUGGAGCAGCAGCAGCUGGAGGCCCGGCCCUUGUGAACCAAGGACCUACAGUUGCUGCACCACCGCAGGGCGGCCCACCUGUUUCUGUCUCCGCACAAGGAAGGACCACCAACUACAAGUACACCGCAAACAUGAGGAACCCUCCUCAGCCAAUGGCUCAGCAACAGCCACCACAAGCACAACAAGCAGUACACAUCCAAGGCCAAGAACCUCUCACAACAGCCAUGUUGACAGCUGCUGGAGCUCAAGAGCAAAAGCAGAUGUUAGGAGAGCGUCUCUACCCAUUAAUCAGAGUCAUGCACACCGACUUGGCCGGAAAAAUCACAGGAAUGUUGCUUGAAAUUGAUAAUGCAGAUUUGUUGCAUCUUCUUGAAGACCAUAACUCCCUUAAAGCUAAGGUUGAGGAAGCUGUAGCUGUUUUGCAAGCCCAUCAGGCAAAUAACAAGCAGGCUGCGGCAGCAACAAAGAAGGAGUAAGAACAUCGUGACAAUUUAGCUGGUGCAGUCAGCACGUUUGUAAUAGGGAUAAGGAGAGAAUCAGAUCUUCUCUUGAGCAUAAACAAAAAAAUUGCAAAACAAAAAAAAUAUGAAACUCUUUUGUAUUGAAAAUUUCCCUCUUAGUUCACCCUACAACAAAAAAAAAGAAAAAUAUAAAAAACAAAAAAAAAUAACCAAAAAAUGUAAACGAGAAGAGAAACACAAUCUGCCUUAAGUAACUGAAACAAAAAAAAA